AUGAGGCCGACACGCAACUCUCUCGUUUCCGUUGCCCUCGUCGCCCUUCACACCGCCGGUGUCCUCGGCGACGGGGUGGGCUUGCUCGGACACGGCAAGACGCUGUACAAUCCGACAUGCGCAUUCGCUUGCCGGGGCGUCAUCAAGGGCUGCCACCUUGCCUGCACGCCCGCCGACACUAACGUCAACCACGGCACGGCACACAACCCGGUCAGCACCCCGCCCGACUGCUUCGUGAAGGAUGAUGCCUUCCUCCGGACUAUGGCCCUGUGCCUCGACACAUACUGCCCGAUCAGCGACAACCCCUCGCUGGAUUUACUUGAGGACUACUGGGCCUCCCACCUCGGCACUGGCACCCUCGGCGACUACCAGUGGGUGCCCGCGGUUUCGUAUCAGGAUGCGCUCGCUGCUGCCCGUGCCGACGAGAGGAAGGCGCUCGCCAACAAUGCGACGACCGGCACGGACAACCAGAGCGGCCACGGGGGGGAGCACACCGGCCAUGGUAUGAGGAGGAAGCUCAGGGCUCGCCAGUUUUUCACGGAGUCUGGCCCCGAAGUCACCAGCCCCCUACCCAUAAUCAAGGCCAAAGCCCCCCUGCAUAUGACUAGCUUCAUUGCGCCGGCGGACUGGCAGUUGCAGUACAGCGGCAUGUUCGACUUUGAGACCAACGAGCAUGGCCACUCCACUUACAGCAUCACCGUCAUGGUUGUCGCCAUCUUUUUGCCGGUCCCGCUUUCUCUGCUCCGGUUCGUACCCGGCAUCGCCAAGAGCCGGGCCUGGAACUCACUGCAGUCGGCCAUGAUCAACCCCGCCUUGUACGGCAAACACCACCGCGAGCCGGUAGCGGUCGGCGUAGGGAUGAUGCCGACCCGUGGCCAGGCCCUGUACAUCCUCCUCAUUAGCAUCCUGAACAUCGUGUUCCUGCUCGCCCCAUACGUUCACCACCACCCGCAGAGCACAUUCGGGUCGCUCACCGAGCAGGAACUCAGCAUCAUCGGCAACCGCGCGGGUGUCAUGGCCAUGGGCAACGUGGUAGCCCUGUUCGUCUUUGCCGCACGCAACAACGUGCUCCUUUGGGUCACGGACUGGAGCUACAGCACCUACCUGUUGCUGCACCGUUGGCUGGGAUACUGGGCCGUCAUCCACACCGUGAUCCACUCGUUCAUGCUCUGGUUCUACUACCAGCUCUACGGCGACUACGCGGCGGAAUUGGCGCGCGACUACUGGGUCUGGGGCAUCGUGGGCACGGUAGCUUGCGUCGCCAUCUUCCCGUUCUCGCUGCUGUGGGUGCGGCAAGCCUUCUACGAGUUCUUCGUGGUCUCCCACUUUGCCCUCUCGCUGCUCUUUCUCAUCGGCUACUACUACCACAUCUGGUACUGCUACGAGUACGCAUGGGGCUACGAGAUCUGGGCCUUUGUGGCCUUUGGCAUCUGGGCUUGUGAUCGUCUCUUCCGCCUAGUGCGGAUCGCCUUCAGGGGUUACCGUACCGCGACCGUGACCGUGCUCCAGGACACCGACGGCGAGUACCUGCGCAUCGACAUCGAGAACGCGCAGCUCGGAGAGGGCGUGGCCUACCUGACCUUCCCGUCUCUGAGCUGGCGCCUGUGGGAAUCCCACCCAUUCUCGGUCGCCUUCAACUCCAGCGAGGUGAGCGAGGUCAGGGGAACCAGCGAUGCCAGCGACUCCUCCCCGCCGUCCACCCCGACACACUCCAGCUCAGACCCGGAGAAGAAGGAGACGUCCGUAACUAAGCAGACCGUGACCAUCACCUCACCCGCGGCCGCCUCCCGAGAAGGGAAGAAAACAACAACGUUCCUCGCGCGCGUCCGCACCGGUUUCACUGGCGUGUUGGCGAAACGGGCCGCCGCCGCUUCGGGGUCGAUCCGGCUCGGCGUGCUGGUGGACGGGCCAUACCACCACUCCGGAGACGUGACGACACAGCUGAAGCAGUGCUCGGGGGUUCUGUACAUUGCCGGCGGCGUGGGCGUCACGGCGCUGCUCCCCUACCUCCGACGGCUCAGCGUGCCGUCCAAGUUCUUUUUCGCGACGCGCAAGGCGGGCCUGUUGGCCGCGCUGGAACCCGCGCUCGCGGCGCUGCCGGCCAGCGUCGAGACCGAGACGACGGUGGGCCAGCGGCUGGACCUGGAGCGCAUCCUCGAAAAGGCCCUGGCCGACAAGACGGAUGACGGGCCGCUCGGCAUCGUGGUGUGCGGCCCGCCCGGGAUGGCGGACCACGUCCGUCACAAGGUGGUCCAGCUGUCGAGGAAUGGCCCAGGAACAAGGCCGUAUGUGUUGGUGGAUGAGGCCUUCGGGUGGUAG